AUGUCUCAUAAUAGACGCGCUUGCAUAUCUCACCAAAAAAAUUUAAACAUAUUUCAUUAUACAAAGAAACCGCUUACCCCAUUAUCGAAUGAUAACAGCAACAACAAACAGUUUCAUGCUACCCUUAUUCACAAAGAAUGGCAACUUCGCACCAAAAAAUGUGUUUACUCAAACCGUCUUGGAAUCUCGUACAACAUCUCAUAUUUAGCUAAUGAACAAAAAUCUUUUCAGACACACAAAGAACGCUGCAUGUAUCAAAAACGAUUGACCAAUUUUCAGUCACAUCACUCCGACAGUAGUAAACGGAGCAAAAAUCAAAAAUUACGCUUUCAACGGGCAUGUAGAUCUACUUUCUACAACCGUGGCCGGAAACCAAAGAAAACACCUCACAAACGUUCGAUCACUAAGGAAGAAAAGCUUCAUCGUGCUCGGCAACAUCACUUCCUUUUUUUACCUUCACUAGUUAUUACUAAACCUAUAACACAUUUAAAAUAUUACAAAGGGUUUAUGCGCCGAACUGAGGAUGAUUAUAAAUUUCCUAUACCUCCCGAGCGAUCUAGAGGACCUGUAGGCGCAGGAGCUGUUAUAACUACGAUACAAGAUCGACUCUCUCGACAACAUCCUGGGAAUAAGUUACCUAGUACUUCACAUACUCACUCACCUGCCACCCACUUACAACCCAUUCUCCUCAAUGAAGAGAAAACGUGGCAUGAGAAGUUGGGCAUCUGGAUUCCUAACGACCUUUUCCCCUACGUAACUGAGGAACCUAUCUAUAUCUCUAAAAGACAAGAAAAACUUAAAGGCCAACAAUAUGAACCAGGUUGUAUAUACUGGUUUGAUGCUAUCAGAAAACGUAAAAAUGCUCAUGAAUUAGCUAUGCAACGACAAAAAGAACACGAAGCAGAAGAAGUUACACGUCUUGCCCAUGAAGCAGACCUUUCCACUAGAGCAAAACUCUGGGGUACUUCUGCCGAUCGUAUAGAAUAUCGUGAAGAUAUGAUCAAAGAUCUUACUAAAUUUCAAGAUCACUUCCACAAGAAAAUCACACCUUUAAUCGACCGCCGUUCCGUUCUAGAGAAUAGACUCAAUCAAGGCAAAAACGUCUACAAAACUAACAAACAAUUACUCCAACUAGAGUAUGAAAUAGGUCGUUUUAACAUCGACUAUUUUUCUGUCAUCGACGACAACGGGCCUCACUACCGUUAUAAAGGACACACCUCGGACGACACAAAACAAUUAGAACUUAGACCACACAAGCGUCCCCCUAUCUUAACUACAAAUCCAGAUAGGCACAGUACUGACAUCAAAAAAUUGAGACUCGAUAUGAUGUCUCCUGAAGACUUGAAAGUCUUCACUCUUCCUUAACUCCGUUCGGUUACAACUUUCAGCUUUUUUUUUUUACCUAGUGGCACGCUGAUAGUUAUAGAUUUGUUUUAUUCCUGCCACACUUAUAUUCUUGACUUGUAUUUUAAUACAUCUUUCUUU